UGGACAGUCCGAGGGGCACAUGAAUGCAUCACCGCUGUCGUUUGUCGUCAUUUCCGUGCUAACAGCUAACAGCUAACAGAAGAAGAUGGCGGCAGCGAUGGAUGUGGACGCACCAAGCGGCACCAACAGCGGAGCCAGCAAGAAGAGGUUCGAGGUGAAGAAGUGGAACGCCGUGGCGCUGUGGGCGUGGGACAUCGUGGUGGAUAACUGUGCGAUCUGCAGGAACCACAUCAUGGAUCUCUGUAUAGAGUGUCAGGCGAACCAAGCGUCUGCCACCUCUGAGGAGUGUACUGUAGCCUGGGGCGUCUGCAACCAUGCCUUUCACUUCCACUGUAUCUCUCGCUGGCUGAAGACUCGACAGGUGUGUCCUCUGGAUAACAGGGAGUGGGAGUUUCAGAAGUAUGGACAUUAGUUCUGUUAUCGUUCAUCUUUUCUCACCUGUUCUCCUCCUGAUCCUUCUGAUCCUGCUCCCUGUGUUUGUUUUAAGCUCGUUGUUUGUUUUGAUUUAUUGUAAGUACACAAAUAAACAUUACUGUUGACACAC